GAGACACUGUCUUUGAUGAUCUCAAGCUGAGGGUUGCAGAAACCUGUAACUUGGACCUUCAAUCUGUCAGUAUGAAGUAUUUCAUCCCGGGGAUGACCAGGACCCUGAUCACAUUGUCCAAUGAUAAGGAUUUCAAUACCAUGUAUGAUUUCUAUGGCGAAUCGAUCACCGCGGACAUCUAUGUCACGGGUACUCUAGGUUUCGUUCAGUCAACUACGACGCCAUCCCCUAAGAUGCUUCCUGCACCCGCCUCGUUGGGACUUGUGGUUAAAUCACCACCUGCAACAACCGGGAGGCGUAAGAGGGCAGCAUCUAAACCUAAAUCAAAAGCAAAAUCAAGAUCGAAAUCAGCUGCUGCUGAUAGUCCGAGUGCUAGUAGCGACACAACAUCACCUAGCAGUGAUUCUGAUGAUUCUUCUUCUUCUUCAGAUCAUCCUUCACCCGACACUGAAUCGGCUGGAAUGGAAACACCACAGAGUCCUUCCAGUAAAGUUGUUGAUGUCCCAAUUUCAUUUGAUCUAGCUGCUACCCCUGCUGAUACGGUGAAGAAGAGAAGGCGCACUGCUUCAUGGAAAAUUGGUGCUAAUGGUCGAAUGACAAUUGGUUCUUCUGCUAACGAGGGGGAUACG